AUGAUACGACAUGACGUCAAGAUUAGAGGUAUAUAUACUCUUGGUUUCUGCAUAGAACAGGAACUAAAGAGCUUCGAUCAUGUUCAACUUCAACGUUUCGCGAAAUCUGUUUGCCGUGUUGGAGGACGAAGAAGGAGAUGUCGUGGCGCCGAAACCAGUUGCCGAUUCAGAUGCCAAAAAGGAUUGGUCUCAUCUUCCAUGGGAGAAGCAAUCCAAGAACGUGAAGAAGCAUCAGCAGAAGAAGGAAGAAACGCAGAAGAAGCCUCCGAUCUCCAAGGACAAGCAAUCAAAGCCUCUGAAUCUUCCCGGACAUGCCAUUGAGAGCCGUCGCGUUGUUCGGACCAGAGCGAACUCGACGAAGGACAUGAUCAACGGUAAUGGCGUCGAGAAGCAAACUAGGGUUCAUCAGGCCGUUUCACCCAUGAUGACUCUCGAGGAGUACGAGGAAAGGUUGAAAGAGAAGAAGACGGCCCAGAUCCAGUUGAGAUCCCCUCCAUCGAAGUGACGAUUUCCCGAGUUUCGUAGUUAAUUCUUUCGAUUUCCCUGUUAUGUUUUUUUUUUCCGGA